AUGGUGUCGACUACGAUAUCGGCGAAGCGUCUGAGAAUGUAUGAAGUCCACGGUCUGAUGCUGGGAAUUAUGAUAACUUCUACGGCCGAGAACUUCAAGCAAGGCGUGCUUGGCAACAUCUCGAUCGGCCAAAUUCUUCACCAUCUCCUCGAGACGGUCAACCCAGAACAAGCCUUGGAUCAUGCUGCCCUGGCAACCGCCAUCACUGCGCUUUGCGACACUUCGUUGCCCGCGUCAAACUGUUGCGAACCCUCGGCCUGCCUGACCCAGUCUGUGGAGCCUUUUGCUCGCCAUGGGGCUGGGGGACCACCGGCGUGCUCCCUUCAUCCGGGUCCUGAUUUCGCGUCUGGCGUCGACAUGUCUGGCUCGCCGGAGCCCCCCGACAGUCCUCCCUCCCUCUUUCCCAUCACAACGUCGCCCUCCUUUGAGACGCACCCGACGGAUCUCGGACUGAGUGUCUUGUCGCCGGAGCAACCGUGUCUCCGGGAGACGACGGACUACCGUCCAGAGGUUCAGCAUUCUGGUACAGUGCGCCUUGAGAGGUUGCGCGAUUGUCGGUGUGCCGGCCACGUCCUCGAGGGGGGCGAGACGAGGCGGCCGUCACUAGGCGUGCCCAGCCCGGCCUGUAAACGGGCGGCCCAGACGACACCUUCCGACUGGGCUGUCUGUCACCCGCCGGAGGCUGGCGCGACGCCUCAACGUCCAGCCUUCGCAGGCGACGGACGGCAUCAAAACCGGCCCCCCCUCCUACGGCGUCCGGAUUGGCGCCCUCGAGGAGCCAGUGCCGGAGUCGAAGUCAAAGUCGAAGUUGAAGCCGAAGCCGAAGCCGAAGCCGAAGCCGAAGCCGAAGCUGAAGCUGAAGCUGGAGGUGGAGGUGGAGGUGGAGAUGAAGAUGUGUCCGAUCGGGUAGUCUCACCUGUCGGUAAGUCGGUGGUCUUCGGCCACAAACGGGGCCGCCGGAGACUGGUCGGACCGUAUGAAAGCAGGAGGGGUUGCCGGGGCUGCGCUGACGCGAGGGAGACGACGACCGGCGGCUCGAGGAGACCGUCAACGAAAGAACACUCGCAUGGAGGAGGCGACCUGUCGGGUUAUGCCCGCGCCUCCAAGCGGAGACGAGGCUCAGUCUUGACGACAGAACUCGCGGCAUCCUCACGCGACCGGCGACCCGCCGACCAGCCUCGAGCUCACACGGACCGAUGCUCAACCAGACGCUUCGAGUCGAUACGAAGACCCAGUAGAGCCAUUUCCCCCGGUAACAAGGCGAAUCUGACGGAAGACAAUGAUGAUUUUGAUGAUGAUGAUGCUGAUAGUGUCGUUGAUGGAGGCGAAUAUGCUGACGAUACUAAUGUUGAGGAGAGUUAUGAGUUGGAGGUUGGAAUAAGGGGAGAAGAGGAAAAAAUGGAGGAGGAAGAUGAGGAAAAGGAAGUAGAAAUGCAAGUGGAAGAGAAAGAGGAAGAGGAAGAGGAAGAGGAAGAAAAGGAAGAGAAAGAGAAAGAGAAAGAGGAAGAAGAAGAGGAAGAAGAGGAAGAAGAAGAGGAAGAAGAAGAUGAAGAAGAAGAGGAAGAAGAAGAGGAAGAGGAAGAGGAGAUUGGAUUGGUAGAGGCUAAAGAGAGGCGAAAUAGAAGCGAUUUUGAUGCAUGCAAAGCCUCCCGAGAAGGACAAGAUCUGCGGACGUCUGUUGCUGCUGUUGCCGCCACCACUGCUGCUGAUGGCUGGCGGCCACGGCGUCGGCGAACCGACCUCGAGGGUGAGGUCACCGGCGGCUUGUUGCCUUCUGGGAUGAUGGGCAGACGCGUCAGGUCGGCCAAUCGGCUUCUGAGCCCGGGCGACAGGGACGCGGAGGAGGGGCCCGAAUGUGAAGAGGCGAAGAGGAGAGCGGAGAGAAUGUGGAGAAGAAGGAGAAGGAGGACGAGAACGACGGCGACGGCGACGGCGACGAAGCGGACCAGGCAGGUCGGGCAGAAGGCCUCCGAGGCAUCUUCACCGCCUCAUGCGCCGACCGACUCGGAGUUGACUUGGGACGGCGAGGAGCCGCUUUCGCCCUCCUCCUCUCAGAAUCCGGCCGCCGUCUUCUCUCCCCUCAGAGUCCUCUCCACCGGGACACUCUCCUCGAAUGCGACUGGCCUCGAGAAGGAAUAA